GAGGGGCUUCUCUUGAGUGUAGUCUUUGAGGCGGACGGGCAGAACUGAGACUUCAGUGGGGAACUACUGCCAGUUUGAUGAAUCAGUAUUUUAAGAAGAGUGACCGCAGGCUGUCGCCACAAUGGCUAUUGUCCAGGUCCUGGAUGCAUGGAGACAAGAGGAGCUUUCAUAACUGAGGUUUGAAGAAGUCACCCCUGGCAGCAGAAAUCCAUCUUGAGAUGAAAUAACUUCCAUCUGGCCCUGUGGCAGAAUUUCAAGGCAGUCACUGCACUGACUCUGGGGCCAUUACGUUGCCUGUUCCUUCUGACUGGGGAGAGCAGGACUGGGAGAAGUUUCUGACUUCAGAGAACAGGGAAGACAUGGAGACCUUGAAUAAACAGACUAAAAAACAUCAGGCAAAAGGUUUGUCUUCUAAGGAUACUGACUGGCCGCAAGAGAAGAGCAAGCCCAAAAUACUGGAACCAGUUACAUUUGAGGAUGUCACUGUGGUCUUCACAGAGGCAGAAUGGAAGAGACUGAGCUCUGAGCAGAAGAACCUAUACAAAGAAGUGAUGGUGGAGAUUUACAGGAAUCUCCUCUCUUUGGCAGAACUGAAGCGAGAACUCUACCCCUGCUCCUCCUGCCUUCUGGCUGUCUCCUGUCAGCAGUUCCUCAGCCAACAUGUGCUUCAGAUCUUCCCAGGCUUACGUGCAGAAAAUCACUUCCAUCCAGAGGAUUCCAGCCCAGGGCGUCAGAAGCAGCCAGAGCAGCGAGAUUGUGAUCAAAGGUGCUGGAGUGAAAACACAGAAGGUCAAGAGAGAGAAGUCUCCAAACCCUUGUGUGGAAGGACAGGGGAGAGAGAGACUUCAAGGGCAUUCUCCAGCCCAGCCCAAGGACGGUCAGCAAGCCCCAGAGAAGGUAACACAGUGGUAGGAACAGGGCCCAACUCAGCCCAAAGGGGAAACUCUGUGGAAACAGACGAUGGGUUGAAGGAGUUAGAAACCUCAAGAUUUGGAGCAGUCGGCUAUAGAGAGGAUGAACCAGACUGUGGCCUGAAAUCAAAGUUCAUCACAAACCAGAAGGCCCUCUUACGGAAGAAGCCCUAUGUUUGUAGUGAGUGUGGGCAAGGCUUUUGUCACAAGUCAAAUCUCAUCAGACACCAGAGGACACACUCAGGUGAGAAACCUUACAUGUGCUUGAAGUGUGGGCGAGGCUUUAACCAGAAGUCAGACCUCAUCAGACAUCAGAGGGCACACUUGGAUGAGAAGCCUUAUGUCUGCAGUGAGUGUGGCCGAGGCUUUAACCAGAAAUCACUUCUCCUUAUGCACCAGAGGACACACUCAGGGGAAAAGCCUUAUGUUUGCAACGAGUGUGGCCGAAGCUUUAACCGGAAAUCACGUCUCCUUAUACACCAGAGGACGCACUCAGGGGAGAAGCCUUAUGUUUGCAGUGAGUGUGGGCGAGGCUUUACCCAGAAAUCAGUCCUCCUCAUGCACCAGAGGAUACACUCAGGGGAGAAGCCAUAUGUGUGCAAGGAGUGUGGGCGAGGCUUUAACCGCAAAUCAAAUCUCAUCAGACACCAGAGGACACACACAGGUGAGAAACCUUACGUGUGCCUGGAGUGUGGGCGAGGCUUUAGCCAGAAGUCAGGCCUCCUUCUCCACCAGGGGACACACUCCGGGGAGAAACCAUAUGUGUGCAAGGAGUGUGGGCGAGGCUUUAGCUAUAAGCAAAGCCUCAUUAGACAUCAGUGGACUCACUCAGGGGAGAAGCCCUAUGUUUGCAGUGAGUGUGGCCGAGGCUUUAGAGAUAAGUCCACCUUCAUCCUACACCAGAGGACGCACUCAGGGGAGAAGCCUUACAUGCACCUGGAGUGUAGGCAAGAUUUUAGCCAGAAGUCAGACCUCAUCAGACAUCAGAAGACACGCUCAGAUGAGAAGUCUUAUGUUUGCAAUGAGUGUGGCAGAGGCUUCUUCCGGAAAUCAGUCCUUUUUAUGCACCAGAGGACACACACGGGGGAGAAGCCACAUGUGUGCAAGGAGUGUGGACGAGGUUUUAGCUAUAAGCAAAGCCUCAUUAGACAUCGAUGGACUCACUCAGGAGAGAAGCCCUAUGUUUGCAAUGAGUGUGGCCGAGGCUUUAGCCAGAAGUCAGACCUCCUCCGACAUCAGAGGACACGCUCAGAUGAGAAGCCUUAUAUUUGCAGUGAGUGUGGGCAAGGCUUUAACCGGGAAUCAAGCCGCCUCAUACACCAAAAGAUACACUCAGGAGAGAAGCUGUGUGUGUGCAAGGAGUGUGGUCGAGGCUUUAACCGCAAGUCAAAUCUCAUCAGACACCAGAGGACACACUCAGGUGAGAAACCUUACGUGUGCCUGGAGUGUGGGCUAGGCUUUAGCCAGAAGUCAGGCCUCCUCCUCCACCAGGGGACACGCUCAGGGGAGAAGCCUUAUGUGCACCUGGAGUGUGAGCGAGGCUUUUGCAAGAAGUCAGGACUCGUCAGACAUCAGAGGACACCCUCAGACAAGAAGUCUUAUGUUUGCAGUGAGUGUGGCCAGGGCUUUAGCGGGAAAUCAGCCCUCCUUACGCACCAGCGGAUACACACAGGGGAGAAGGCUUAUGUUUGCAGUGAAUGUGGGCGAGUCUUUAACCAGGAAUCAAGCCUCCUCAUACACCAGAGGAUACACCUAGGGGAGAAGCCAUAUGUGUGCAAGGAGUGUGGUCGAGGCUUUAACCGCAUGUCAAAUCUCAUAAGACACCAGAGGACACACUCAGGUGAGAAACCUUACGUAUGCCUGGAGUGUGAGCGAGGCUUUAGCCAGAAGUCAGGCCUCCUCCUCCACCAGGGGACACACUCAGGAGAGAAGCCACAUGUGUGCAAGGAGUGUGGACGAGGCUUUAGCUCUAAGCAAAGCCUCAUUAGACAUCAGUGGACUCACUCAGGGGAGAAGCCCUGUGUUUGCAAAGACUGUGGCCGAGGUUUUAGCUAGAAGUCAGAUCUCAUCAGACAUCAGAAGACACGCUUAGAUGAGAAGUCUUAUGUUUGCAGUUAGUGUGGCCAGUGCUUUAACUGUAAAUCACACCUCCUCAGGAACAGAUUACUCAGUUAGCACCCCCUGCCUGUACAGAGAGACAGGACUCCAAGCUUCUGCUCUAAAAUCAACAAGACAGACCUCCCCAGGGUUCUGUUCAGAGCAUGCCAGUACCUCCCCUACCUGGAUGCUGUCAACAGUAAGGUUGCUGCAAAUUGCUGCAGAAAGAGCCCUGCAACAGAGUGGGCUCCCAGAAUCAACACUCUACCUGCCUCCCUGUGCACCCCAUAGCUCAGGCUGCUGUAACCAACAGGACAGACCUCCCUGGUGAUCAGUUUGGGUCUGUCUGCUCCCCCUUCUCUUUGGCACUGAGGAGUGCUGAUUGAGGCACUGUGUGCUGGGAAGCAGCAAUCUUGAGUAGAGGCUACACCCACAGCCAUCAUACUAC